GUUAACUUCAGGCUCUGUACACCACGCAAAGUCGGUUAACGUCACGUAAAGAUGACUACCUCGGGGCCCUUGGAUCGAAUGGAACUCUGUGAAAGCCUCUUGACAUGGAUCCAGACAUUUGGAGUGGAGGCUCCAUGCAAGACGGUCGAAGACUUGACGAGCGGCAUCGUCAUGGCCCAAGCGCUGCAGAAAAUAGAUUUAGUUUAUUUCAAUGACGCUUGGAUUGGUAGAGUCAAACCAGAGGUUGGGGACAACUGGAGGUUGAAGAUCAGCAAUCUCAAGAAGGUUCUGAAAGGCGCUCUAGACUAUAACCAGGAGAUCCUUGGUCAGCACAUUGACGACUUCACACUACCCGAUGUCAACCUCAUUGGGGAGCACUCUGACCCUGCAGAACUCGGGAGGAUGCUUCAACUUAUUCUGGGCUGCGCUGUCAACUGUGAACAGAAACAAGAAUACAUCCAGACCAUAAUGAUGAUGGAGGAGUCAGUGCAGCAUGUUGUCAUGACCGCCAUCCAAGAGCUGAUGAGUAAAGAGACUCCAGUGAUGGGAGGAGCUGACUCGUAUGUGGACCUAGACAGACAGCUGAAGAAGACGGCAGAGGAGCUGAAUGAUGCCUUGUCGACCAAGGAGGAGAUUGCCCAGAGGUGUCGUGAGCUUGACAUGCAGGUGGCAGCCCUGCAAGAGGAGAAGAGCAGUUUACUCGCAGAAAACCAGGUCCUGAUGGAGAGACUUAACCAGUCUGACUCCAUAGAGGAUAUAAACAGCCCUGCAGGACGCAGACACCUGCAGCUGCAGACACAACUGGAGCAACUGCAGGAAGAAACAUUCAGGUUGGAGGCAUCAAAAGAUGACUUCCGGAUCCGUUGUGAAGAGCUCGAAAAAGAGCUCGUGGACUUAAAGUCACAGAAUGAAGAGCUUGCGUCUCUGGCUGACGAAGCACAGUCUCUCAAGGACGAGAUGGAUGUCCUCCGGCAUUCGUCAGACAAAGUGUCAAAGCUAGAGGGCACAGUGGAGCACUACAAGAAGAAACUGGAGGACAUGGGACUUCUCAGGAGACAGAAUAAGCUUUUGGAGGAGAAGAACACGGUGUUAAUGCAAAGCAUUGUCAGUUUGGAAGAAGAGAUACGAAAAGCUAAUGCGACUAAGGGCCAGCUGGAGACGUACAAGAGACAGGUGGUUGAACUUCAGAACCGACUGUCAGAAGAGUCUAAAAAGGCUGACAAGAUGGAGUUUGAAUACAAACGCGUCAAAGAGAAAGUGGACUCUCUCCAAAAAGAAAAAGAUCGUAUGCGUACGGAGAGAGACUCUCUGAAGGAGACCAUUGAAGAGCUACAUUGUGUCCAAGCCCAGGAGGGACAGCUCACAUCAGGCUUGUUGCCGAUGGCCAGCAACGACGGCUCUGACUCCCUGGCUGCUGAGAUCACCACCCCAGAGAUCCGAGAACAUCUGAUUCGUCUUCAGCACGAGAACAAGAUGCUGAAGCUGGCCCAGGAGGGGUCCGACAAUGAGAAGAUUGCACUGCUGCAGAGUCUACUGGAGGAUGCCAACCGAAGAAAAAAUGAACUGGAGACAGAAAACAGGUUAAUCAAUCAGCGCCUGAUGGAGGAACAGGGUCAGGUGGAGGAGCUCCAUAAGAAUCUUCAAGAACAGGGCUCCAAAGCGGAUGAUUCUUCCAUCCUGAAGAAGAAAUAUGAGGAGCACAUGGAUAAACUACGAGAGUUGAACAAUGAGUUACUGAAGAAGAACGCCUUCAUCGACGAAAUGGAGCCCAAAUACAACACCAGCUCCCAACGAGUGGAGGAGCUGGAAGACGCCUUGAAGAAGAAAGAUGAAGACAUGAAGCAGAUGGAGGAGAGAUAUAAGAAAUACCUGGAAAAAGCCAAGAGUGUGAUCCGGACCCUAGACCCCAAGCAGAACCAGGGUUCAGGUCCAGAAGUCCAGGCCCUUAAGAACCAGCUGCAGGAGAAGGACCGGAUGUUGCACUCAUUGGAGAAAGAGAUGGACAAGACAAAAACCCAGAGAGAAUAUGAGGAGAAACUGAUCGUGUCUGCCUGGUACAAUAUGGGUAUGUCUCUGCAGAAGAAGGCGGCUGAAGACAGACUUGCCAACACCGGUUCUGGUCAGUCCUUCCUGGCCCGGCAGAGACAAGCCACCAGCACACGUCGCUCCUAUCCAGGCCACGUCCAGCCAGCUACCGCAAGGUAGAUAGCAGCAGGGCAGAAAAACAAUGCGACAAACUACCCCACAAAUCCCCUGAACUUUUUUUUUUGAGGCCGCUAUUUGCAUAUUCAUUUCUAAUGGACGUUCUUGUUUUCCUGCUUUCCGCCUAUUGAUUUUCUUUUUUUUUCCCCCUUCUUGAUCAGAUCCAUGAGGUAGAGAUGCCAGGCAAGGAUGCCCAAAAUCUCGCAGCACUUUUUCUUCUUCUUUUUAAUUUUUUUUUAUCACAAAGCAUAUUUUACCCUGCCUCCUGUGAUGUCAGGCUCCACCCCUUUUAAACACCCCAGCAUAUUCCGUAGGGUCUGACUAACCACCCCAAGCAGCCUCUCUUCCUCCCUCUCAACCACUGACCUUCCUCAACCUGUGCUCUGUGGCACACCUUUUAUCAGGCAGGUAAUUUUGACCCCAAGGCAGAGAAGAACCAUUUCUGUUUUGAGGAACCGCUCUUGCCCGUUCAUUUCACAUGUUUUCAACGUUUGGAUUCUGUUUUUCAAAUAUGUUGCUCUCCUGCCAUGUCAUUAUAUGUAAUUUUCUUAUUUUAGAUGCAAUAUAGAGCAACAAAUACAUACAACGGCAGAUUUAUAGUCUCAUCAUCUCAUGUAAAUGUUCCUUUGGCUCGCUUUUGGUCUCGAUGAUCUCUAACAGGACUUCAUGAUUUGGAAAGACAAACAGGUGACUGUCAUCUGGUAACGGUGCAGCAAUAAUGGUGGCUGGAAAUUUCCUCUGAGAAAAAACUUAAAGUUGUAAUCCUCAGCAAAGAAUUCUACAUAACUUUAUCAUUUUCAACAUUAUCUUUCUUACCGUCAAGCAGACUGGGAAAUGCAUCAGUUCAUAUAGUUUUUGAGCUCCACCAGCAUGGAGCAGGUUGUCUCGGACAACACCACCUCACGUGCCACAGCAUUACAUUUCAGAACAUGCACCUCCGUGUUCGGUCCACAGCGCUGCACAGACACAAAUGUGUUAAAGGGAUAGUUGUGAGAUCGUUUGAGAUCCUCUGAUCGGGACUUAGUCUGCAGAUCACCGGUUCUGCUAAUGAGUGACCAAAGAGGAGGAGUUUAAACGGUGAAGGUUGUUCAGGGUCUUUUUCAACAGUACACAGUGCUUCUCACGCCACUCUCAGCAUCUUGAAUCGGUAUGUAUGCCUGCUGCAGCUGUUCCUGUCCUUUCUUCAACCCAUUUCCUGUUCCACUCUGUUUGCCUUGUCAUUGUUUUUAAGCCACAUCCUGAACGAUCUAUUAACACGACGGACCUUUUUUCUUUUUUUAGACGCUUUGGAAGUGGCCCUGUUCGUUGGCUUAUGUGUUUUAGAUCAAGGCGCAGAAUCUCAAGCUAACAAACCCCGCCGUCUGACCGUUGUCUCUCUCUUUCCUCCCUCAACAGCAAUGUCACUGCAUGACUGGCACACCACUGAACUGGCCACGCCUCGAGCGGCCCGGCCUGUCUUUGGCCAUACGCUGGCCCCGCCCCCUGAGACACACGGUGCAUGAACUACCUGCCUGCCUGCUGUUUGCAUGCCUUUGCAUUAACUCAAGUCUGCGAAUAAUCAGCACACCAGUAACGGCAUGAGCACUAACAACCCUCCGCAGCGGCGUGCAUCGUAACCCCCGGACCAGCUCAAGGAGGCCAGCAACUAAACUCCUUUCCUUCCAGCUCCGUGCUCCUCAUGUUCUCCUGCUCUUUGUUCCCCUUCUCUCCUCCCUCCCCUCACUCUUCGGGCACGAGCCUGCUUGUGCUCCCAUGCCACGUCCAGUCUGUUACACUUCAAUUUAUGUUACAAACACCCAGGACAGGGGCAGAAUACAGCGGCGUCGUCUGUCAAUCAAGAAUAGGCCUUCUCUGCCAUGUGCAACUGCCUCGGGAUACCUCAAUGACAUAUUUCCACAUAUCUGUCUCUAUUUCCAUGGGAGAUAAAUAUUUGAGAGGUGUGGCCUGUAGAUCAGUCUCCAUAACAAAAAGCUUUCCCCUUUAAACCUCCAGGUAUGGUUCUGCCCAGCCUCUCCUCCACAUGUUGCUCUUAGAAGUGGUUUUACCUCAAGUAGUAGUCCGUGCAACGAGUGCAGGACAUUACUGUGACGUCCUGUCGGCAUUCGGACAGAUCGGAGCAUAGGAUGGCAAAAUAAGUGUUUUAAAAUGAAUAACAUUGUUACAGAUACACUUUCAUACGGGAUAAAAGCCCUCAUUCAGACCACUGACUUGUUUUCCAAUGGAAUUUAAUGUCCGCAUAGCAUCUAUUUCUCCAUUAAAAUCUUACUUUAAUGCACAUUUAUACGGCGGUUGUAAUUGACAACUAUGUUGUCUGUUAUUUGUCUAAGUAGCAAAUAACCAGUCUAAUUGAGCCAACAGCAAGAGGCUCGGCGGGCGGUGCAUUUUGUCACACGUUUUAUCCAUUUUACCAUAAAACAUAAAUGCUAAUUUAAUAGAAUAAUUUUCUGACAAAAAUAAGCAAAUGAAACCGUACAUUAGCUCUUGCAGGCUAAUGUCGAGGGCAUUACGUGUGUUGGCUGGACAGGGCUCAACCAUUUGAAGAAAUGUAGAAAGGGAAAGCCCUGCAACGAUCCCAAAGGAUCCCGUUGAUCACAGAUGUUAUUCAAUCCAUUUCAGUUCAUGUCAGUUUUUUUUUUUUGGCAUUGACAAAUGUGUUGACCGCUUACACAGUUUACACAGAUUAUCAAUAAUAAGAAACCUAAAGUUGGUGUUGUUGAAAGACAUGAUGUACACUGUGUGUAGUUUUUAAUGUAUUAUUUCAAUUUAAUUUUCAGAGGUAUGUUGACAAUUAGGGUGACAGAGACUUUAAAAACAACAACACCUGGAGUUAAGGAUAUUUAUAGGCAUAUGUGCAUACAAAUUGUUCAAAAAAGUGCGAUGGUUGAAUUCUCCCAUUUUAGUGCCUGGCUGGUCUUUUUCUGACUAAAGAAGGCAAGGCAUACCACUCCUAUUUUAAAGACCAGUUUUAUUGUGUUAUUUGAAAAAAAGGUGAGUUUUUAAUCUCAUAUUCAUACAUGAAGUAGACUUAAUGAGGGCUUUUCUUCUCUGUACUUUGACCUAUUUUACUUUAUGUAUUAUUGUGUAACCUUGGUUUAAUUCAUGCCGUGCAUUUUUAUCUUGAUGGCUUAUUUAUUCUUUCUGGCGCUUGUACAGCAAUAUUGUUACAUCUUCUUUCUUUUUUUAUAUCGGUAGUAUUAUAUCACCACUUGUACUGUUACAAUGGAGUUGAAGUUUCCAUACAAGAUUGAGAUACUGUUACACACUUGUCUUAUGCAACAAAAGGAGGAGAUCUAAAUAGCGUAUUGUUUGUCUCCAUCUCAUGAAAAUGACACACGGUUAUUAUUAACCGUCAUCAGUGAAAAAAUGAGGAAAUUGUGCACGGUCUCCAGUCUUUUCAGGAAGAGGACGCUCCUAGAAAACGUGUCACGUUUUAAAAACAGAAUUUUUUUCUCAUCAACAAAAGAAAGCACAUUUUUACACUUUUUAAUUCCCUGAAAGGUCGGUGACCCUAGAAAAUGACCUUUGGUGUUUCUAGCGAUGGCAACAAAGACUGGGGGAAAGCCUCUUCAGCUUCAAGCAUGCGUGGGUAACUGUAGUAACAGUGAGCUCAGAUGUUUGAUGAACUAAUCUUGAUCAAAUUAUAUUCAACAUUCAGGCAUCAAAUAAAAGAACAUGCCCAAAGGGAGUGGUGACGCGGUACGUCGUUGCCGUCUUAAUUCAAAGCAAAGCCGUGAUGUUUUGUCUAGUUCGCGACUUGUUUCUGUCCAAGUCUGUGUUUUGGAAACCACUUGCCAUGAACAUCCAGCUGUAAGUUAUAUUACACAGAACUCUUUUUAACCGUCCAUCCUCAUGAGUCAUUGGUUUGGUAAGGAAUCUGUAUAUAAUGGAACACUUCCACGUUGGGGUUGACCCGUUUAAAAUCAUAUCGGGGAUGUCGGGGAAACAUUUUUCUGUUAUUUAAUAACCCCUAAGAGAGGGCCUAUUAUGUUCUCUUUAAUCCCCGUUCAAGUCAGCCGCUGUAAUGUGUCGUUAUAUGCGUCUGUGUAUAUACUUAAUAUUACUGGCAAAUAAUGAGAUACUGGGAGGGGGGAGAUUAUCGCAGUAAUAAAACCUGAGAAAACCAGCUAGUUUGUGACAUUCUCUGACCUUAUUAAUGGCAAUUUCGUCUCAAUAAAGCAAGGGUUUACUGUUUAAUGCUAUGAUCCCAAAUCAUUUUCAUUUUUCAGAACAAAAUAAGGAAAAUCGCAGUAUAGAAAACGUGGUCAUAAUGUGGCGUAUGAAGCUCUGACCGAUAACUGCACCGUCAGAAGUGUUUCAGAGUUGAGACCGACGCGUGCAAUGUUUGCUGUAUUUUUGUACUCAUUGGAAAAUGUUUCUUUACAUAUUGAAGUUGCAAAUAACCUUCCAUUUGCCACGUUUUUAUAACACGAUGUACAUACUAAAUGUGGCCGUGCUAGAGGAGGUCUCUGGCUAUUUGAGAACAAUAACAUGAAACGUAUGUCAAGUUAGAUGGAUUUCAUUUAGCGUCGGUCCGAUCAGGGCCUGUUGAUGGGAAAUGUGCUUCCUUCGCUCCAAAACUUGGAACUUACUUUGUAAAUAAAGCUUGUAUAAAACUG